GUGGUACCAUCGAUUUUGCGGAAAAGCUUUUUUCCAAUAAUUUGGACAUCCACACAUAUGGGUAGUUAAAACUCUUUGAGAGGUUGAAUAAAAUUUCGAUGUAACAAUAUCUUUUAUAUUUUUAUAUCAGCCAUAAUGGAAUUAUUUACAUAUUCUUAAAGAUGGCAUAGAACUAAAGACAAUUCUAGUUAUCGUCUCUGGCGAUACAAUCAAUGGCAGCUAAGGAAGAGAAAAAGGGGUUGCUGGAAGCUGAAGAACCUGUAGAUACUGUAGAUACAUCAGCAGCAGACGUCGCGGAAGAAUUUCAUGAUACUCCUUCGCAACCAAGCAGCCGGAAAACGAGUAAAGUUUCAGAAUCUAGGAAGAAGACAUUCCCAGAUUAUUUUGGUGUAAAGUCAUAUCUGCAUGAUUUUUAUGAAGCCACUUACAAAGAUCCAUCGAUUUAUGAGGAAGAAGAUGACUUCCGGUUCCUGUUGCGUUCUAAUAAACGCCGCAGAAGAUGUCCUCAAAUUUGGUGGAAAAUUUUCAUGUGGCUUGGUGUAAAUCUUCUGGUAUUUGGGAUUUUAGGGAUUCUUGUUGGAUAUUUGGUUCCCCAGAAAUCGAUUUUCUCUAAAGUUGACGAGGAAAGCAGUGAAGGAUAUGUUGAUCGUAGUGCAAUGACGUUUAAUACAACUCUAGAUGUUUGUAAAUUGAUCGGAUUAAUUCUGUUCUGUAUAGGCGGUAUGACUCUUGCUAUGGCUUUGCUGUUUCCAAGUUUUUUGACGUCAUAUUGUGAUGAGGAUCCCGCAGACGACAAUUUCAAAGUUAGGCUGGAAGAUGAGGCAUCUCCUUUAAGCCCGGUUGAAAUGUCAAUUCCGAAAUCAUCUAAAGUGAAAAGCGUUCAGCCGCUACGUACAGUGCCAGAAGCUGUGGUCACCAACGAGGGCGUUGUGGAUUAUGAAGAAUAAGAAUAAAAUAUCAUCAGUUUGUGAAAUGAAUAUUUUUAGAUAAAUUUACAUGUCUAGUAAAUUAAAACAUUGUCCAAUGGCACUGUUUGCGUUUGAAAAAUGGCAAUUUAUUUAGUUGUUAUCAUACACAAUAGCCAAAAUAAAUACAUAUGUACGAAUGAAUUUGGUUGUGCAUAAAUACAUGAAAAUAAACAUUUUAGCGUUUCUCUUAUUUUCAAAUAACA